UAUUUCACUGCAUGUUACAAACUGCACUGUUUGUGUAUGUUAUAAAGUAAAUAAAGAAUUUUUAUAUUGCUGACAACUAUACAAGUAUACAAAAUGUCAGAGAUUAAUGAAAUAAAUGACAUAAUUAAUAAUAUCAAUCCAUCACAAAAAAUACCGCAAAAGGCAUCGAAACUUGGCUUGUAUCUUAUUGGAAUAACAGGAGGCAUUGCGACAGCUAUUAGUGUGAUAUGUAUUCCAUUUGUGAGUCCUGCCUUUCGCAAAAUAUGUUUGCCUUAUGUACCAGCUACGUCUCAGCAAAUAAGAAAUGUAUUGCAAGCUUUAGAAGGACGUACUGGUUCUUUGAUUGAUCUUGGAAGUGGUGAUGGGCGUAUAGUCUUUGCGACAGCAAAAGCAGGAUUUAAAGCCCAUGGAAUUGAAUUAAAUCCUUGGUUAGUAUGGUACUCUAGACUAAAAGCUUUAAUCACAAGUUCAUCUUUACAGACAAAAUUUAUAAAACAGAAUUUAUGGAAUUAUAACUUAAAAAAGUAUGAUAAUGUUGUGUUAUUUGGUGUCGAUCAAAUGAUGAAAGAUGUUGAAAUGAAGUUUAUUAAAGAGCUACAAGAAGAUGCUGUUAUAAUUGCUUGUAGGUUUCCACUUCCUACUAUAAGUGAAAUAAAAACAAUUGGUGAAGGUGUUGAUACAGUUUGGAUAUAUAAGAUUUCAAAAAGUUUAAAAUAGUAUAAUUAGAUAUGAAUUUCAAAAUAUUUAUAAACAUUGUAAAUAUUGCGUAAUUAUAAAUAAAUUACUCUGUAUAAAUCAUGAUACAUAUCAUAAGUAGAUAAU